CUGACAUCCCAUAGGAUCGUUCUGGGUAGCCUCAAUGGCGCCCUGCAGCCCGCCUUCUCAAAGGUCGCGACCCUCCACGCGAAGAAUAGCUUCAGUUUCGCAAUCGUCACUGGCAACCUCUUCGGCGCAGAGGACGACGCCGCCGUCGAGGCUCUUCUCAAUGGCGAGAUCGAAGUGCCCCUGCCUGUUUACUUCACAGUCGGAACCACGCCCCUUCCCCCGAAGAUCGUCGCAAAGAUCGAGGCCGACGAGGAAAUCGCCGAGAACCUUCACUAUCUCGGCAAGCGCAGCAUCACCAAAACAUCGGAGGGCAUCAGGAUCGUCGCCCUGGGAGGAAAGCUCGAUAAGGAAGUCGUGGGUGGACAGUCGAAGGAACAGCACCUGCCGUUUCACACUGCGGACGACGCCAAGUCGCUGAAGGGCGCGAACAAGGCCGACAUUCUUUUGACGACGGUCUGGCCCGCUGGUGUCUGGACCAACUCCAAGGUCGAAAUCUCCCCCGAGAAACAGGCGACUACCGAGAGCACGGCGGAAAUCGCCGAGCUUUGCGCAACCCUCAAGCCCCGCUACCACUUCGCCCCUUCCUCCGCCGAGUUCUUUUACGAGCGCGAGCCUUUCUUCCAUCCUACCGAGGAGGGCUCUGAAGAUGUCGCGGUCACGCGCUUCAUCUCGAUGGCGCCCUACGGCAACGCAUCCAAGGCAAAGGCGCUGUAUGCCUUCACCCUUCAGCUCAACGAGACCACCGUCGAGCGGCCUGCCGGAGCUACCUACACCCCGUUCAGCCCGAGAAAGCCCAAGAGACGGGCGCAGGAUGAGGGCUCUUACAAUCGUUUCGCCAACGGAGACGAUGACGGCCGCCACCACCGCCGCGGAAACAAGCGCCGUCGCCGAUCGCCUCCUCCCGGCCCCGACCGCUGCUUCUUCUGUCUCUCGAACCCGAACCUCGACACCCAUAUGAUCGCCACCGUCGGCGACGACAGCUACCUUGCUACUGCCAAGGGCCCUCUCGCGACGUCGGAGACCUUCAAGAAGCAGGGCCUCAACUUCCCAGGCCACGUCAUCAUCACUCCUCACGCCCAUACCCCGACCAUCUACCACUCCGGCGUCGAGAGCUACUCGCCCGAGGACGCUGAGCGGACAUUCAAGGAAAUGACACGAUUCCGAGACAAUCUGCAGUCCAUGGUCUCGACCAAGUCGAACCACAAGCUGGGCGCCAUCACCUGGGAGAUCAGCCGCCAGCGCAAUAUCCACGCCCACUGGCAAUUCCACCCCAUCCCGGCCGACUCGAUCUACAAGAACAUCGUCGAGGCCGGCUUCAAGGUCGAGGCCGAGAACCUCAAGUACCCCGAGUUCGAGACCCGCGACCUGUCAUACGAGGACCAGGGUUCCAUCGGCGAUUACUUCCGCGUCUGGAUCUGGGCGGACAACGGCGAGGACAGGAUUAAGGGUACCUGUCUCGUCAUGAAGCUCGAUCCCGAGAUGCGAUUCGACCUGCAGUACCCCCGCAAGGUCGUCGCCAAACUCCUCAAGCUCGAGGACCGCUUCUUCUGGCAGGACUGCGUCCAGGCGCCGGAGGAGGAGACCAAGGAUGUCGAGGCGUUCCGGGAGGCGUUUAAGGAGUGGGACUUUACCCUCCAAGGAUAG